AACGGGCUCCAGUUGCGAUUGCCCAUUUGCAUCACACCAGGAUUUCGGUUAUGGCUGCGAGGAGGCCAGAAUGUUCAUCCGAAGCCGUGCCUCGGAUAAGGCUGGCGAGCAGGAGGUUGCUGCAUUGCCAACUUGUGUUGAUGCGACUAUAAAGCGCCGCCGCUCCUCGCCUGCUUCCUUUCGACGCCAUCAGUCCUCCACUGGAUUCUCUUUGCAGCAACAAUAACUUUAGAUCUGGCUAUAUUCCUCUGUUCAAGGACAAUAGGGAAGCAAAGGACAGCACAUCGUAUAGUAUCAGAUAAUUUCACCUCCGCUUCGCCAAUAUGAGCAUCUUCGGCCCGCCCCCAGCUCCCAAGAGCCCGCUCAACCGCUAUCGGUUGCUGUCGCCAACUGCCUCUGUGAGAGUCAGCCCUCUCUGCUUGGGGGCCAUGAAUUUCGGCUCAGCAUGGAAGGAUUUCAUGGGAGAGUGCGACAAGGCAGCUUCAGAAUCCAUCUUGGACUUUUUUUACGAACAGGGAGGCAACUUCAUUGAUACGUCAAACAACUAUCAGUACGAGGAGUCUGAGACAAUCAUUGGCGACUGGAUGAAGAAACGUGGAAACCGCCAUGAGAUGGUUAUCGCGACCAAAUUCACCACCUGUUAUAAGAUGGGGCCUAACCGUCCCCAUAUCGCUGCCAACUACACUGGAAAUGGAACCAAAAGUCUAAACGCCUCUGUUGAAGCCAGUCUGAAGAAGCUGCAAACCGACUAUAUCGACUUGCUAUAUGUGCACUGGUGGGACUAUGCCACCUCUAUCCCUGAGCUGAUGCAGUCUUUGAACAGCCUCGUUGUGGCUGGAAAAGUGCUGUAUCUGGGAAUCAGUGAUGCUCCCGCCUGGGUUGUGAGCAAGGCGAAUGAGUACGCCCGAAACCACGGCUUCCGCCAGUUUUCCGUUUACCAAGGACGUUGGUCCGCAGCUUCUCGUGAUUUUGAGCGCGACAUAAUCCCCAUGUGCAGAGAUGAGGGAAUGGCUCUCGCCCCCUGGGGAGCGCUGGGUGGAGGCAAGUUCAAGACCGAGGAGCAGCGCAAAGCCGACGUGGGACGCAAGGUCGAAGCCAGCGAGGUCGAUAUCCAAGUCAGCAAGGUGCUUGAGAAGAUUGCUACUCGUAAAAACACGGUGAUUACGAGCGUCGCGCUGGCCUAUGUUGUUCAAAAGACUCCCUACGUAUUCCCCAUUGUUGGUGGAAGGACGGUGGACCAUCUCAAGAAUAACAUCGAAGCUCUCACCCUGCAGCUAACUGAGGAGGACAUUGAAGAAAUCGAAAGCGCGUACCCCUUUGAUCUCGGGUUCCCCAACAACAUGCUCUGGGGCAAGAAAUUCAAUGGGUCUCAACAGAAGAUCUGGCUGCUUGAAUCCGCCGCUCACUUUGAAUAUAUCCCUGAACCCAAGCCCAUUACGCCGUCCAAGGUGGGAGAGUAGAGCACCCGCUUUAGAACGUCGUGUUGGAGAUGGCUGCCAAGUCGCCAAUCGCAUCAGCAGAGACAUUACGAGCAUGAAAUGCAUGCGGCUACUGGCUGGUGAGCUGCAAAAGUGAAAAUCAAG